AUGCCUAAAGCCAAAAAGAAGUCGGUAACGGUUGGCGCAACUAGUCCUGUGGCCUUAAACGCAAUGAAAAGUGCGGUUAAUACCAGACGUGCCACAAAAUCAUCUGGAUUUUCUUCAGUAGGCCCACCUUCUGGCUCACCUCCGAUAGUGCUGGCGCCUCAACCUCACGAGGCAUUACCACCUCGAGCUGUAUCAGUAUCUUCUACAGCUCCGCCUCUACCUCACGCAGCAUUACCACCUCAAGCAGUAUCUGCCUGUGCGGCUCCACCUUACGGCUCAUCUCACUUCAUGCCGGUACCUCAACCUAAUGAACCAUCAUUACCUCAAGCAGCCCCACAACUAGUACCUGCGGCUCCAGCUGUUCACCAAGUGGAACCAGCUGAAGAGGUACCUCAACAAGAAAAUCCUGGGCCCUUACCCCGCAGGCAGCUUGUUCAAUGUACAAGUUUUCAGUCUAUUUAUGAUAACAGUGCUGAUCAAAUAUUCAAUCCAGCAAUAAAUAAUUCAACUGCUCAGCCAUUCGACCCAGCCAUCGAGCCAGCCAUCGAGUACAUAAACCCACAACUUCUGGUUCCUUGA